AUUCCUCUACUGUAUCAAUGUCAAUUCAUCUCCAGCAGCGUCAACUCUAUCACCUCACCUCAUCAGCAUUCACCCAUCCCUGCCAGGUCAGCCAUUCCUGGGGGAGUGUCCCUAGAGAGCUCCCUACUGUAUAAGCUCCCUCGCGCAGGUCAAUUACAGAUCUUCUAUUACAGACUGACAGAGGUCUGCUGGAGCCAUUUGGGAAGCUGCCUGGAGCUUCCAGACUCCUAUCCCAGCUUGAUUCGUGACGUGAGAUUUCCUUCCCUAUCGAGAUCGUGAUCCCAGCCGCCAUGGCUCUUGCUGCUUCUCCCGCGGUCAGGGCUUGCAACCUACCAGCAGAUGCUGCUCGGCAAACCACUGCCAGCAGCAGAUCUGCAGUCAGCACUGGUGCUGCUGCGCCGCUGUCCAGCCGGUUUCUGGGAUCGCGAGUUUCCGCUAAGGCCGCUAAGGCGGUGCAAGUGAAGGGGAACUGGAAGGCUGGUGCUGCUCGCGCCACUGCAACCGCCGAUCCUUCAACUGACACCUAUGUCGUGCCGGAUCUUACUCGCGAUGACGCGCUGAUGCUGUACGAGGACAUGGUGCUGGGUCGCACGUUCGAGGACAUGUGCGCUCAAAUGUAUUACCGCGGAAAGAUGUUCGGCUUCGUGCAUCUCUACAACGGUCAAGAGGCCGUCUCCUCCGGUGUCAUCAAAUACCUGCGAAAGGACGACUACGUUACCAGCACGUACCGCGAUCACGUGCACGCGCUGAGCAAGGGCGUGCCGGCGCGCGAGGUGAUGGCGGAGCUGUUCGGCAAGACGACGGGGUGCUCGCGCGGGCAGGGCGGGUCCAUGCACAUGUUCUCCAAGGAGCAGGGCCUGCUCGGGGGCUUCGCCUUCAUCGCCGAAGGCAUCCCUGUCGCCGUCGGCGCCGCCUUCUCCGCUAAGUACAACAGGGAGGUGCUCAAGCAAGCGGACGCGGAUCAAGUCUCAGUGGCCUUCUUCGGCGACGGCACGUGCAACAACGGCUCCUUCUUCGAGUGCCUCAACAUGGCGACGCUCUGGAAGCUUCCCGUCAUCUUCGUGGUGGAGAACAACCUGUGGGCCAUCGGCAUGAGCCACCUGCGCUCCACGUCGGACCCCGCCAUCUGGAAGAAGGGCCCCGCGUUCGGCAUGCCCGGCGUCCACGUGGACGGCAUGGAUGUGCUCAAGGUGCGCGAGGUGGCGCUGGAGGCCAUUGAUCGCGCGAGGCGGGGCGAUGGGCCGACGCUGAUCGAGUGCGAGACGUACCGCUUCCGCGGACACUCGCUCGCCGACCCCGAUGAACUCCGCUCCCCUGAGGAGAAGGCCAAGUACGCCGCUCGCGACCCCAUCAUCGCCUUCAAGAAGCACAUCCUCGAGACCGGGCUCGCUUCUGAGGCUGACCUCAAGGCGAUUGAGAAGAAGAUUGACGACAUCGUGGAGGAUGCUGUGGAGUUUGCUGAUGAGAGCCCACUGCCGGAGCGCCACCAGCUCCUGGAGAAUGUGUUCGCCGACCCCAGGGGCUUUGGAAUUGGAAUCGACGGCAAGUACAAGUGCGAGAACCCUGACUUCACUGCAGGCACUGCCCAGGUGUAAGGCUUGUCUACUGCAAGCCAGGAAAGGCAGGGAAUGGUUUGAAUUAUUAAACUUUAGUUGGUGCCAAGCAAGGAUGUGUUUAGGUGUUCUUGCUUGAAUGCCUUUUUCUUCUGUGUGAUAUUUGAGUUCUUGAUACAUAGUAAGUUUCUGAGGGCAUCAUGAUUGCACAGAUGAAGGUGUACUGAAACUAAUCAGUUGUAUCGUACAUGAGUGCAUAUUGUCAUGAAAGAGUGCUUUGGUUUCACUACAGCAAUAUGUAUUCUAUGCCUUGAUCAAGUACUA